CAACAAAGUCAGCAUGUUCAUCAUAAAUAUUGAACUGUGAACUUUUACUCCACUAAUCUGACAAUUGUAAACGAUCAGCUGUAGAUGAAUGCUAUCAUUAGUGUCUAGGACAAAGGUUGAACUACUGCAGUGAAAAUAAAUAGGCCUAGAUAUGGCAAGUGGAUAUGAACCAGAUGAAGAACUAUCAGAGCUUAUCACAAAGUUAUGGGACAUGGAUGUGAACCGGUGUGAGUCAGGCAUAGAAUAUGAUAUUGACAAACAGGGUUAUGUUAAAAAUGCAAGGGAGAUGUCUGAGGUUGACCGUGCAUGGUAUAACCUUUUCAGAUGGGUUGCAGAAGAUGAUGUUUUCAGCAGACCAACAUACAAUGCAUUUAGAAAGCUACUAGACAACUAUGAGAGUGAAACUGGGAGAGGUGAGGUAAUCACGGAGGAGGAGGAAGCCGAAAACUGGGAGUUCUUAGAUGCAAUAUUGGAAACAGACCUUAUGAAGGAAGCCCACCAAUAUCUGGUUGGUCUGGAACAAUCGCCUGAAGAUCCUGAUGAAUUCAGACAACAGCUUUAUGACAUCUGGUUCAAACUUUAUAAGAGAUCUAGGGAAGAUGAGGAAAAUGACUCGAGCAGUUUUGAACAUGUGUUUGUUGGUGAGACACGUGGUCAUAGAGUGAUUGGUUUCCACAACUGGGUGCAGCUCUACCUGCAGGAGAAACAUGGUAACAUUGACUACAAAGGCUACUUUAGGAGAGGCACAGUGAGUGAGGAGGAAGGUGAAGACCCCAGACUGCUGACUCUUCAGUUCAGUUGGAAAAAUGGUCAAGGUAAACCCAUAGGAUCCAGUUUCAUUGGAACUAGCCCAGAGUUUGAACUGGCCCUAUACACCAUUGUCUUUUUAUCUGGGAAAGGUUCACGCGUUCCCAUUAAGAUAGGAGAUCUGUUUAAUAUAGAAUUGCAUUGUUAUCCACAUGAUAUGGGUAUUGGAACAGCCUACCCUGUAGCUAAGUGGUGA